CACGGAAUGUUUCAGCCUAGCUUCCGCUCAUUAUGUAAACAGUAAAAAUGGCGGCCUCCUGUGUGUUCCGAACCGUCCUCAGCCGAACUCUGAGCCAGUUCAGGUGUUCUGGAGGAUUCAGGUAUCAUUACACAUCUGCUCUAUUUGUUGCUGAGGCUGGACAUCGCUCAGCAUUCUGGGUAACUGUGAGCAGACAGCAAGACAACAACACAAACUUCCACAGAAGAAGAGGAGCAGCUCUGUGGGCGGCAGUUGCUUUCUCCCUGUUUAGCAGCACUGAUGAACCCGAGAGGGAUGAAGCUCAGAAGAAGAAGGAUGAAAUUAUUUUGCUGCUGAAGAAAGCCAAGCUCAGUAUGCAUCGUGGAAAUCUGCAGGCGGCCUCCUCAUUCCUCCAUCAGGCUGUUGCUCUCGCUCAUCAGACCCACAACAACCAGGCCAUCAUCUACACCUACAGCCAGAUGGCGAACCUGGCCUACAUUCAGGGUCAUCUGGACAGUGCAGAGAAACUCUUCAAAGCAGCCAUGAGCUUCAUGCUGGCAGGAGGAACUCCAGAGGACGACAACACUGUCAUCGAGAUGUCUUUGAAGCUGGCCACCAUUUAUGCUGAGCAGAACAAGGCAGAGUUGGCAGAACAUGGUUUCAGAUUCUGUAUGGAGUCACUGGAGGCCAAACUGGAGAAACACAAGGAGCUGCCAGAGGACGAGAAGACAGAGGAGCAGGAAGUUCUGAGGAAAGAUACCCGCCUCCUGCUUGGUUUGUGUUUGGACUCACAUGCACGGUACCGAGCCUCAAUGUUGCACCUGAACCAGGCUGGAGAGGACUACAGGAAGGCCCUGGACAUCUGCCGCCAGGAGCAGGGAGAGACACAUCCACAGACUCUAGUCCUGAUGAGCGACCUGGCCACUAUCUUAGACCUGCAGGGUCGUCAUGACGAUGCCUUGGUGCUGAUCCAGCAGGCGGUGGAUCUGAGCCACUCCAUGGAACAUCCAGACCAUCAUGUUCUGCUGGGAAACUUGGCGGGAGUUCUGCUGCACACGGGCCGGCUGGAGGAUUCUGUUCGGUUUUACCAGGAGGCUCUGGGUCUGGCCAGACAGGCAGGAGACCAGGCUGCCGUGAAGCAGAUUCAGGAGGGAUUGAAGGAGGUGAAGAAGAAGAGGAGCCAGGAGAGAAAUGAUCCGACAGAGGAGGUGGCACAGUGACUGUGAUGGUUCUAUGGUGCCAGUUCUCAGUGGUCCUGGUGACCCAGUCUGGAUCUAAUGUGUGUCCCAGCUGUGCCAAACUGUUUUCAAUCACCUCAAACUGAAAUACUAGAACCCCGGACUCAUGUUAUGGUGCAGAUCUAGCUGUGUGUGAGUGUGUGUGACUGAGGGUGUGUGUGUGGUGUGUGUGAGUGUGAGUGUGUGUGACUGAGGGUGUGUGUGUGAGUGUGUGUGUGUG